AAGGACCAUGCCAUGGGAAACCAGGAAACUAGAAAACAUUUAAAGAGUGAGACAGAGAGUCCGCCGCCAAUCAUCAUCAACAGAGCUGUUAGCCAUAUAUAUAAAAAUGGUGGAAGCCGUUAUCUGUCCCUAUUUCUUCUCCACGCUUCCCCUUUUCUUUUCUUCCCUUAAUUAUUCAUAUUCAUUUUUCUUUGAUUUCCUUCUUUCCUUUUGCCUUUUUUGUCCAUAUAAUAAUCAUCUCCCUCACAUUCCUGUCCCUUUUUUCACGUCCUUAAGAAGCUAUAGAUUUCCAGAACAAGGUUUCUCAAUUUACCAGGGCUUGACGUGAGCAGAGGAAUUAAUAUCAAGUGACAUAUACGAGUUUGGCACGCAUAGUUCUGCAGUUUUUACUAAUUUUUCUUACAAAAACCUUUGAGAUAUGAGGCUGCAGAGAAAGGUUAUACAGUCGUUGACAUGACUAAGCCGCUAAGGACGAUCAUAGUCUUUCUGAUGUUCAGAAUUGACUGGAGAAAACUUUUUCUUGUCUGCUCAAUUCUGACCAUAGGCAGUGUCUUGGUACAGAUCUCUUCACUGCCAUAUCCACUGACCCAAUGGAUUUCCCCACCACGCCUCGUGAUUUCAUCAUAUAAACCCCUCAACACCGAACUACACUUGGGCGAGACUCAUUCUUCAGCAAUUGGGGUACCCCUUAAAACCACUCGAGAUGCCCCUUUAGUGGUGUCGCCUAAUUCUUCUGCCAAACUCAAUCAAUCUACAGUUAUGAGUAGAAAGGAAAGAAGGGCAUCUCGACGAAAUAGAAGGAGAAGUAACAGUGUAAAGUCAACCAGCAUGCUCUCACCGCCAUCUGCACCCCGUAAAAGACUCCCUCGUCAACUGGAGGUGCAUAUCAUUUUACUUUUGACGUUAAUUUUUUUUUUUUUUUAAAUUGAAGUUCUUGUUCAGGUUUAUUUUUUCAUGAACUUAUUUUUGAUAAAGUUGUUUGAUGUUUGUAGAGACAUCUANUCUGUUUGUGUAAGGAGCUAUGAAUGGAUGGAGUGGAUAUUAAAAGUUUACAUUUAUCCAGAUGGUGAAAGCCCGAUAUUUCAUCAGCCUCAGCUCACGGGAAUAUACUCGUCUGAAGGAUGGUUCAUGAAGCUGAUGGAAGAGAAUAGGCAGUUUACAACAAAGGACCCGGAAAAGGCUCACUUGUUCUACCUUCCGUACAGUGCUCGCCAGUUGCAGACGGCUCUAUACGUUCCUAAUUCACAUAACCUGAGACCAUUGAUAGCAUUUUUGCGUGACUAUGUCAACAGGCUUGCUGCCAAGUACCCUUACUGGAACCGUACUCAUGGCUCUGAUCAUUUCCUUGUUGCCUGCCAUGAUUGGGGCCACGACGAGCUCAUACGCAACACCAUCAAAGCCCUAUGCAACGCCGACGUCUCCGAACACAUCUUCAUCCCCGGAAAAGACGUCUCUCUCCCGGAGACCACAAUCCGCAACCCAAAACGUCCUCUGAGGUACAUCGGAGGCAACCGCGUCUCGCAGCGGCCGAUCCUCGCCUUCUUCGCUGGAAACCGCCACGGCCCCGUCCGCCCCAUCCUCCUCAAGCACUGGAGCAACCGCGACGACGAUGAUGUCAUGCGCGUGUAUGGCCCGCUUCCCAACCGGGCCUCGCGAGUGAUGUCAUACCCACAGCACAUGAAGUCGAGCAAGUACUGCCUCUGUCCCAUGGGUUUCGAGGUCAACAGCCCCAGGAUUGUGGAGGCGAUAUAUUACGAGUGUGUGCCGGUUAUUAUUGCUGAUAAUUUUGUUCCUCCGUUGAACGAGGUUCUGAAUUGGGACGAGUUUUCGGUGAGGGUGGCAGAGAGGGAUAUCCCGAGGCUGAAGGAGAUUCUGCUGGGGAUACCUAUGAGGAGAUAUUUGGUGAUGCAGGGGAAUGUGAAGAGGCUGCAGAAGCAUUUUUUGUGGAAUGCGAAGCCCGCUCGUUAUGAUUUGUUUCAUAUGAUUCUGCACUCGAUAUGGACCAGCAGGCUCAACCGGGUUCAGGUACCGCGCAAAUAUACGUCUACAGGUGAUGCUGAAUCUUGA